GAGAGAGGGAGGGGGAGAGAAGGGAAGAGAGGAGGGAGAGGGGAGAAGGAGAGAGAGUGGGGAGAGAAGGGGAGAGGAGAGAGUGGGGAGAGAAGGGUAGGAGAAAGUGGAGAGAGUGGGGGAAGGGGAGAGGGAAAGAGUGAAAGUUGGGGACAGAGAGAUGGGGGAUGGAGUGAAAGAUGGGAGAGACAGUGAUAGAGAGUGAAGGAGAGAGUGAUAGAGUGAGGUAAGGAGAGAGAGGGAUAGAGAGAAAAAGUCAGGUAGGAAGAGGGAUAGAGUGAGGUAAGGGGAGAGAAGGAGAGAGUGAUAGACAGGGCAGAGAGAGGGAUAGAGUGAGGUAGUGGGAGAAACGGGGAGAGGAAUAGAGUGAGUGACAGAAGUAUGUGAAGAGAAGGAAUAUUGAGGGAAAUAUAGAUACAGGAAGAGAGAGGAAGGAGAUAAGGAGGAGAAAGCUAGGAAGAGGGAGAGCUGAUGUAGAGAAAAUACAAAGACUGAGAUAAAUGUGAUAAAUACAAGAGGGAAGGGGGGAAGAAUCAAAGCUUGCUGGGUGAGAUCUGAGCAGUUUAAUGCAGGGAAAUGAAAUGGAUCCAAACUGAAGAAACAGGAGGAGAGAGGGAGAAUAAAGAUAUAGGGAAAGAGAGAGGUUUAGAGUUGGUACAGAAUAGAGGGAGGUGACUAGGUAUAGUGAGAGUUCAGAAGAAGGGAAAUAGUGAUAGCACUAAAGUAGGAGAGAAAGAGGGAGGGACACAAAGGUAGUUGGUUAUUUAGGGAAAGAGAGGAUAGAUUGAAAGAAAGGAAAAUACAGGGUUCAGAGUGGAGAUAGAUGUAGAAGAGAAAAUAGGGUAAUUAUACAGGGGAAAAAGACAAUCUAGUUUGGUUUACCUGGUGAGUUUUGUUUUAAUGUAUAGUACCACUGGUACUGAGAAGGAUUGAAAGCUACUCAUGAUCAACAAGGUUGGCUUAUUUUGGCAGUGAGAGAGGUAAAGAAAUGAAUAUUGUUAUUACAAUUGAUAUAGAUUGAGAGAGGGUUAUGAAGAAAGGUUGAGAGGUACAUAGAUGGAACCUGCCAGACAAAUAGACGACUAACAGCAACUUCAGGGGAAGACAUAUAUAGCAGAAACAUAGUAAUAGAUAAAUACAUAAAAAUAACACCAAUAUACAAGAAAAGACAUACUCUGAGAUAAAGAAUAGGAUCAGGAAAAUGUUAAAAGCAGAGUCAAGCGACAGAGGCAACUGAAGAGCUGGGAUCAUAGAAUAGCAACAGAGGUAGGACAUUCAGAAGAUUUAUGUGGCUGAGGUAGUGAAGAUACUGAUAGCAGGAGCAGCCAUAUAACCUCAGACAGGAAGAGUGAGACAUUGUUUGUCUAUAUUAUUUAAGAUAGACUCAAAGAAAGAAAGAGAGAUGUGGGAAGACAAAAUAGAUAAAGAUAAAUAAACAGGAUGAGUUUGUACAAAGACUGAGAGGGAAAAAAUGCUGAAAUCCUUUGGAAACGGCAAUGCGAUUCAGGCCAUUAGAAUUGUCAUUCUCACAUGUAAAAGAAAGUGAAUGGGCUGGACCACGGAACAAAAAUAAAAGUCUGCUAAAGAGACAGAUUCAAAGAGACUGAGGCAGAAUGCAGAAGGACAGAAAUAGUCAAGGAUUGGGAACAGCAUGGCUGCAGAGAACAGUGCCCUACCUGAACUGAACCAGGACAAAUACGAUGGGGAUGAACACAUCAAAAUCAUCUGUUUAGGAGACAGUGCUGUGGGCAAAUCCAAGUUGAUGGAGAGAUUCCUGAUGGAUGGAUAUCGUCCUCAACAGCUGUCCACUUACGCGUUGACGCUGUACAAAUAUACCACCAAGGUCAAUGACAAGACUGUUCUAGUGGAUUUCUGGGACACAGCAGGACAGGAGCGUUUUCAGAGUAUGCAUCCAUCCUAUUACCAUAAGGCACAUGCCUGUAUCAUGGUUUUUGAUGUGCAGAGGAAGAUAACUUACAAAAAUUUGAGUAACUGGUACACUGAGCUGAGGGAGUCUCGGCCUGAAAUCCCUUGCGUGAUUGUCGCUAACAAAAUAGAUGCUGAUUUGAAAAUCACACAGAAAAGCUUCAACUUUGCCAAGAAGCAUGGAUUACCUUUUUACUUCGUGUCAGCAGCGGAUGGGACCAAUGUUGUAAAGCUAUUUCGUGACACAAUAAAGCUAGCAGUGUCAUACAAACAGAACACUAGUGAUUUCAUGGAUGAAGUCAUGCGGGAACUGGAGAAUUUUGACCUUGAAGCAAACAAGGAAGCCAGGGAUGACCAGUCAAAAGAGGACCAAUCUGAAUCGCCAUAAUGGUAUUUGUAGAAGGGAGGAGCCUUGGAGCAGAAACUUGGACAAGCUCUGUUGUACUUUGAAGGAUAACAUUUGGCCCUCCCCUUGACCUUAACACACAACCAUAUAGACUGUGUAAGGAACUUAUUUCAUAGCUUGACUGAUGUUCAAGGCUGACACUUGAUUGGAUUUCGGAUAUGGGAAGGACAUCUUCUUCCAUUUAAACAAAUUUGAAAAAGGAAGCAUAUAGAGAAAGGACUGGAAUUGUCUCCACUAAUCAAAUGAUGAUUAAGAAGUGGGUACAGACGCAAUGAUUAUAACAAGUAGCUCUGAAAUUUAUUUACAGUGACAUUUCUGUAUUUUUUUCAUAUCAAUGGAUGAGGUUGAGCAUCACUCAAUUCCAUGUCACAGUCGUUCUGCCCAUUUGUGUGUUAUUAUGGCAACCUUGGCUGUGCACGUGAAAAUUGAUUGUACUCUGCUGUCUGUUGUGAUCUCUUUGUGGCUUUUUAAUACUUUAGAGAAUUGCUUUCACCCACACCACAUAGAAAAUCUGUGGCCAUGUACGUCUAGAUCAGUGAAUCCUAUUCCUGGUGCAGGUCAGAAAGGCAAGUAAGUUUAGAUGAGAAAGGAGUUUGCUGUUCCCCAAGGCAUUGAAUGGGGAUAUGUACCACGUGGUAUGCCACUGGAGAUCACGGCCACUAUCACUGCUGAGAUUGAGGUCAUCCGUCUUACAAUUGGCCUCAGUGCCCUUGCACUAUGAAGGGGUAAAGAAAAUAAGGUAUUUAUUCGGUGUCCCUUGUCAAGAAACCUAUGAGUGUGUAGAUUAUCUGGUGAGUGCAGAAUCAGUUUGGAAUGGCUGCACUGCACAGUGGAAUAGUCUGUGCGUGCUCUUCCUCUGGAUGAGGUAUCAGGAGUGAGGUGAUGAGUAUCAGUCUGUAUCCAACUCCAUCAGGAUUACUGGGAGGAUUCAAAAGAGCAUGUUCCAAGCAGUUUCUGUUUACAUUUUAGUUUGAUGGAGUUGGUAUUGCUUAUUGCAAAUCAGCCUGGUAUAACAUUUAUUAUAAAAAUGAUUGCUCUCUGAAGUUUAUUUUAUGUGCAAGAAAGCAUUCAUAAAGCAGUGACUGAAUGUUAUAGUGAGCAGCUUGGCCUCCUCUAAGCCCUUGCUGAUAUUCAGCCUUGAAAACAGUACAACUUGCCCUUCACCUAGCAAGUUGUAGAUCCACAUGCCUCACCUAAUCUCUGACGUUCAACUGGGCUGUAAAACUUGCUGAAAAUCAGAAAAAGCUGCAGAUGGUGGAAAACUGAAACAAAAAUAGAAAAUGCUAGAACCGUUCAGCAGGUCAGGCAGGAUAUGUGGAAAGAGAAACAGAAUUAAUGUUCCAAGUCAAAGAACCUCGGCAGAACCAGGAAAGAGAGUAAACAAGUUGGUUUUAAAUUGCAGCAGGCUGAGUAUGGUGGAGGGGCAUAGGGGAUCUCUCUGAUGGGGUGAGAUCACAUGGUGAUAAGCUAUUGAUGAAGUGUCCUGGUUGAUAGGUUAGUUAGGGGAAAUAUUAAGCUAAAUAAAGGAACAUAACAGCUGUGAAAUGCAAAACUGUAGGAAAUGCCCAGUAGGCCAGGUCAUGUUAGUGGAGGGAGAAAACUUGAGCCAACAUUAUAAGUGGAUGACCUACAAAAGAACCGGCAAGUUCUGAUCCAAACAGUGAAAGUAGGUUUCCUGAAAUUGUUUAAUUUGUUAUUGAAUCUGGAAAGCUGCAAAAUGUCCAGGCAGAGGGUGAAGCCUCAUCUUAACAACACAGGAGGCCACAGACAGGUCAGAUUGGGAGUGGGAUGGAGAAUAAAAAUAGGAGACAAUUGGAAGCUCAGUUCUCCCCUGUGGACUGAGCACGUGCUAAACUUACUGCUGAGGAUCACGUCUGAGAGGAACAACUUGGAUGAGACCAGAGAGGGAGUCUGCACACUUUACCUGGAAAGGAUGAGUAUCUACAGCAGAAAGGGAAGCAAAUGAUAUGGAAGAAUUUUGCAUUUUGUGCUUCAUCUAAUUAUCAGACAGAUUAUGGACCAAAGAUUCACCCACAGUUUUCAUUGCACAGGAUCUUUCAACUGAUUUGGCUCGUGCAUUGAAACUGGGGGAGAAGUCUGAAGUUUGCUUCAGUCUGGUUUUUGCAGUUCAUUGGGGAGUUGGCCUUGGGUUCAGUCCCAGACCAAUGAAAUGUAGGGCCUCUUUUGGCUUUCUAUACGAGAUGAGUUGGGCUAGUUUCUAUAGAAUAAUGAAUCAAGAGCUUGUUACUUUAAUCUAACACUGAGCAAAGGCCUUGAUCAGAGAAUGUUAUUCUGGAUCAACAGGAAACAGUCUCAGUGUGAAUUGCUGAUACCAUGGUUAGCUCCAUCGACACUAUGUCUGCAUUGGGAAUCUAUGAUGGAGAAAUGUAGUGGGAAUCCUACUGAGUAUGAUGAGGGAAAGCAAAAGAGAAAUUUUUCCCUAUACUGGUGUUAACUGCCCAAUAUUGGCAGAGGGCUAAACUUCUCUCAACCACGCAGUUAUCAGCAUUCAGGUGGUUGCUGGGUGAGACUUCAGACAGCCUCCUAACUUGAUAAUCAGAGAUCAACAAAAUGUUUGGGUGAAUAGUACAAAUGCCUUUGUAUCAUUGAGAUUUGUAUCAUCGUGCAAGUACUGAUGAUUAUAUACAUAUUAAUAGAA